CUGCCCCCUCCCCGCCCCCCGCUUCUCUUUGUGCUUUUCCUGCAACCGCCGCCUCCAUCCCCAUGGAAACUCCGGGGCCACCCCCCCCUCCCCGGGCGGAAAGGGCAGGACAAGAGGGGACAAAGGGAGAUGGGACGGAGCGAGGGAGGAGAGGGAGAGCGGGGCCGGAUCCCAAAGAAAGGGAGGAAAGAGAUGGGGGGAGAAAUGGGGCGAAAGUUGGAGGGGGAAGGGGAGAGGAUGGGGAAAGGGUUUGGGGAGCGCUGGGGCUUCAUGCGUGCCCCGAGGUGGAGAAAAAAAAAAAGUGUAUUUUUUAACUUUUAUUUUCCUGAAACGUGGGAGGAAGUCCCGAAGUGGUGCAAGGAAAAGGAGACGACGGAGCUGAGAGCGAAUAUGCCAAGGUGGUAGGGAUGGUGCCAACUGGACCCGCGUUGUCCUCAAGGAGCUGUCCCUGGUUCCCAAGUUGUGCUGCUGGGGGUGGUGACGUGCCGUGGGACACCCCAGUAACGCUUCCAGCAUCCUGCCACUGCUCUGCUCCUUGGACAGUAGGCUCGAGGGGGGGUUGGAGAGCACUGCUUUGAAAUCAGUGCUCCACAGGCAACGGGGAUUGGAUUUGGGGGUGUCUACUGGGGGUCUUUCCUAUCACCACCUUCUUGACUUUUGGUUCUGUCUCAUAAUGAGAUGUUAAUUACAAAGGGGAGCCAAAUGCAGGUGUUGCUGAUGAGCGUCUUUUAGAUGAGUCUGGACGGUGCUGCAUGCAAAGCCACAAAGACAUUGCAGUUUUGAGGAUGUGUGUGUGGUGGUCGAACCAAGUGCAAGGGGCUGUGGUUGGGGUGUUUAAGCAUAGCGACUGGUGAGAGAGGGGAGGAGAAAAAGCAUUAAGAAAAAGUAAAUAAGAAGCAAGUUGGAAGGAUUUGGAGACAUUUAGAGCUGUCUAUAAGGUGGUCAGUUAUUUUGGUUCCCCUGCAUCGUUGUGCAUAGCGUGCGUUCUUCACAUCUACAGGAAACCAGUGCUGGGCGACAACUGGGGCUGAGCUGGGGGAUGACUUGCACCUUGCUUGGCUGCUUCUGCAGCUCUUUCAUCCCCAUAACGUUUUUAUGUGCUGGGGACAUGUUGUGAACACUUGACAACAUUAUAACUCGUGUUAGACAACCUAAUCUCUUUGUCUAAAUGGAGAUGUUGCUUUGGUCUCAACACCACCCCGCUGACUGAAUAAUCUCAUUGUCAUCUUCUCCCACAAAAGGCUCUGUUGGCGUUGGCGGCAUCAAAAAUGGUUUACCUGCAUGUGUGCUGGCUGCUCCAGUCUCUUCUUUUCAAGUUUGUUGCAUUUGGGGGUAACAGGGGGAGAGUCAGCAGCUUGGGGAAGGCUGGAAGGGUCAAAGAUUCCUCCCUAAUCCCAUCCACCCUCCAACCCGGGGUGGUAUCACCUCCCAAAGUUGGUUGGUGCCCUUUCUUCCCAUGGGAAGCACGCAGUGCAGUCGUGGGCUGUGUGAAAUUUGUUUCCUCUCUUCUGUUCUACCUCAGCGCUUUGUUUCUUCGCGGAAGAUUUAUUAGAUGGCAUUCUUUAAGCUCAGCCCUUAUCCACCCUGCUGGUAGGCGUUUUCUUAAUGUUUUCUCAAGGUGUGGGUUGAGAAAGUUGGUUCACAGAGUGAUUUAUCUCAAGGACUGUUGAUUUACCAGGCAUCUCUUGCAGCAGAAAGGGUUUUCUCUGAUGGAAGUUCAAGCCCUGCCUUUCUCCCCACUCUUUGCAGCCUUCUUCCAAGGACAAGCAGAGCAAAGAGGGAGGAAAAACUCUGGUUCCAAUUUCCCACCUGUCCUACCAAUGCUCUGCAGCGUUGCCCGUCAGAGCACAAACCCUCAGCACCCAUUAAAAAUCCAUUUGCCCAUUGAAAAACAUGUGUCAAGACAACUGAAAACCCUCCUAAAAAUCACUGAGGGUGGAACCCAACGCUUUGGUUUGACCUGGGACGCGUUGAGGCCAUGGGUGCUGUGUCUCUGCUCGUGCACCGCGUCACCUCACAGCCCAAUUUCUCCCUGUCUAAGAGCCCGUUUGGGAGUAAACGUUGCUCCAGAAAUUGCAGGGUUUAGAAACGCGGGAUGUGGGUCGUCAUGGCGAGGAGGAAGCAGAUGCUGAGCUUCAUCUGUUGUUUAGUAGCUCGGAGGAUGCAAAAGGGUUUCCUGUCGUUUUGACACCUAAAUUUCUUCCGACAGAAGAUGCCCUUAGAGAAGAAUUGAACCCUUGGUUGACAGCUUGCUUAAAAUAAAACGCAAUGGCUGCAUUGUCUUUUAUUUCCCUGGUUAAACCACAGGUUUCUUUGUUCUUCAUCGCGACAAACAGAGCUUUCUUCCUUAUUGCCACUGUUUAGCGUCGUAAGCUAAAUCCUCUUUCAUCUUCCACGAUGAGGAUGCUGCCAUGGUGCUCUGAGAGACGCAGCGAUUCACUCUGCUCCAGGAUUUAGCUCUGCCCUCGGUUGAGCCAGAGAUGCUGCGGAGAGGUUGCCAGGGAUGCAGGCACAAUCCUACCUCCAGGUUUUUGCUGCAUCCCCGCUGCUGAGCGAGAUAUGGAUCAUACCCAGGAUUAUCGCCCAUCCGAGUGGAGGGAAGGGAUGCCGAGAGAGAUGUCGGGUUGCAAGGGAGAUGGAUCUGGGCGCCGGGUUUUCGAGCCGUCUCGGUGCCGUGCGGUGGGAGUGGGGUGUUGAGACCCCCCCAGUGAUGCGGGGGUGCGGGAUUUUUCAGUUCUGGUGCCGAUGCUGUGCUCAUGGUGAGGUCUCUGUGGCGCAAUGGACGAGCGCGCUGGACUUCUAAUCCAGAGGUUCCGGGUUCGAGUCCCGGCAGAGAUGAUCUCCAGGCAGGUGUCUCUUUUAUUUUAUGCGUAUUCCUCCAUAAAUCCCAAUCCGAAGCCUUUAUCACACCCCAGAAGGCUCGACGUGGGAGGUGAUGACUUUUCCCGGCAUUGUCUCCACUGCUGAUGCUCGUAAUGGUUGCGUGCUCCCCAUCCCAGGUGUGUUUCUUGCAUCGCAUUCCCCUUCCCUCGUUCCUUUUGGUAGCUCCUGGAUGCUUCGAUGUUUUAACCCUAUUUGUUCCCCCAGUACUGCUUGUGGGACCUGUCUGAUGCUUUAAGAAAACUGCCGUGUUUCCAGGAGAAAGCCAGUGGUCGAGCAGUGGUUUAGUGUUGAUAUUUCCUUGGGGCAGUGGUUUAGAGCCUUGUGUUGGUAUUUCCUUUGAUAAGUACGGCUCGUCUUUCAAAUACACGGGCAAAGAUAAGACAACAGUAGAUCUCUACUCUGAAUUCUUACCUUAUAGAAAUCCUCAGCAAAUGUUCUUGUUCUUCAUGUUUUCGUGUCGAAGAUGCGUGUUUGUUGGCAGCCAUCUCCAUAUCCCCAUGGAGGUUCGUCUUCAGCACCUCCAGGCAGGGGCCAUCACCUCAGUGCAGGGACAUCUAGAGCUACACGUGUGGUUCGGGAUGGCGAUGAGCGGAGCCCUGCUCCUCCUGGCUCAAACCUUUGGCCUUGCUGUUGCAGAGAUGGCCUUGCUGACCAUGGACCCCCCCUGGAGCAUGAUAUUCCAAGGGGAAAGUGUCACCCUGCGGUGCCAGGGACCCCGUGUGCACGGGCAGCAGCCCACAGCCUGGUACCACAACGGCAAGCUCCUGGAGCACACGGACACCAACACGUACAGGAUCCAGAAUGCCAAGAAUAAACAGAACGGCAGAUACGAGUGCCAGUGCCCCGGCUCCACAUCCAGCAACCCUGUUACCCUGAGCGUCUCCUAUGACCUGCUGAUCCUCCAGGUCCCAUCGCACGCGGUGUUUGAGGGGGAGCCGCUGCACAUGCAGUGCCGGGGAUGGAAGGCAGGGAGCUUGGCUGCGGUGCGGUAUUACAGGGAUGGAGCUGACAUUACCAGACUCUAUGCCUCAGCCAAGCAGCUCUCCAUCCCCCAGGCCAAGACCCAACACAGCGGUAGAUAUCACUGCAGUGCAGACAUGUACUCCUACUCUUCAUUAAAGAAAAGGGAAUCUCAGCGUUUAUAUGUUUCUGUCAAAGAGCUCUUCACCUCCCCAGUGCUGAGCAUAGCCAGCUCAGCAGAGCCCCUUGAAGGAAGCCCCCUCAACCUGAGCUGCAUCACACACCUCAGCCCCUACAGACCCCACACUGUCCUCUGGUACCUCUUCUAUGGAAACAGCACGGUCCUUCAAGGUCCCAUGACCUCCUCCGAGUAUCAGGUGCCAAUAGUGGGGCUGGCAGACUCGGGAUCCUACUCCUGUGAGGUGCGGACAGAGAGCUCCAGCAUCCAGAAGUGGAGUCCCCAGGUCCCCAUCACCAUCAGGCGAGUCCCCAUCUCGGGGGUGUCCCUGGAGGUUUGGCCCCAAGAGGGACGGGUGGUGGAGGGACAGCGCCUGGUAUUGCACUGCUCCGUGGCCACGGGCACCGGCUCCAUCUCCUUCUCCUGGCACCGAGAGGGCUCUGAAGAAGUCCUGGGAUGGGACAGCCGCUAUGAGAUCCCAUCAACCCAACAGAGUGACAGCGGGCAGUAUUACUGCAUGGCCUCCAACGGGGACAGCCUGGCCCAGAGCUUGCGGGUGCGGGUCACUGUAGUGGGUGUCUCUUCACUCCUCUGCAUCCAUAUCAGAGCACCGCUGCUGCUGGCAGCACUGGGGACCCUGCUGCUGGGGCUGGUUGCUGCCCAUGUCCUCACCGCAGGGAGCAAAAAGCCAAAAGGAAUGAAACGGCGACUGGCACUGCCCGUGGAACCAUCUGCACACGCAUCAGCUGCACUGCAGGAGAGGAUGUUUAGGAGGCACCUUAAACCCACUGCUUCCUCUGCAAGGGCACCCAGGAAGUGAGCAGAACAUGUGACCCCACAUCCUUCCCCCAACCUGCCCUGCCCAUGUUGGGACAGACAGACGUUGCUGUGGGUUUACCACAUGUGUUGUCCAAUAAAGCGCUGCUGAGCAUGGAGGUUAUCAGGCCCCACUGCACCCGCAGCACCCCUAAAGACCAUGAGGGCAAACCCCUCCUCCAUACCCCAUAGUGGGAAACUGUCCCACCUAGAGAAGAACAAACAGGACAUCAUGUGCAACCCAUAGUGUAAAUUAACCCUUCAGAAAGGCUGAGCUUGAGGGCA